AUGCAAAUAAAGGUGAAGACUUUAACUGGAAGAGAUAUUCCUGUGGAUAUUGAGGGUUCUGACAGAAUCAUCAGAAUCAAAGAAAUGAUGGAAGAAAAGGAAGGUAUUCCACCUUCACAACAAAGAUUGAUUUUCAAUGGAUCCCAAUUGAAUGAUGAUAACACUGUUCAGGAAGCAGGAAUCAAUGCUGGAGCAAGUUUGCAUUUAGUGUUAACCUUAAGAGGAGGAUGUAAUUAG